CUGUGGACUCAGUGAACUGACAGCUCCGCCGGAGCCUCUCAGCAUCCUGACCCUAACUGUGUACGCCUCGAUCCUCUAGCUCCUCCCUUGGCUAUAUAAUUCGAGUUAAAGUGGACUUCCAUCAGAUUUACUCCCCCACCGCAUCCUCCUUGUUGUUCCGCAGCCUCACUCACUCCUGGACUCGAGGAAGAAGAUGCUGGCCACGAGCAGCGGUGUCAUGACGAGCCUGUCCCUGUGGAUUAUUUUCCUCUUCAGCUGCAGCAUCUGUGCCAGGAAGCAGCACGAUGACACUAAUGAUGAUGAGUCCUGGUCGGAGAGUGUUUCCAGGGCGAGGUGUGCGUCGCGGUGCCUCAGUCUGCACAGCGUGGCUGCGCUCUCCACCCCGCUGCAGAAUAAUGGAUCCCUGGGCUGGUGUCAUAAUCAUAAACAGUGUGCAAAGUGCCUGGAGCCCUGCAGAGAUUCCUGGGAGAUGAAGAGGAAAAACAAUUGCAGAGAGCUGUGUGAGCGGGUGUUUCCCAGGAAGCACUGGGAGUGCGUGACCAGCUGCGAGUUCCUUCAGUCUGUGUUGGCGGUGAAGCAGGGCAGCUGUCCGCCUCCAGAGAGAGCCAGCGGCUUCGCGGCGGCCUGCGUGGAGAGCUGUGAUCAUGACAGAGAGUGCUCCGCUCAGAAGAAAUGCUGCUCCAACGGUUGCGGCCACACCUGCCAGGCUCCCAAAGACCUAUACAAGGGUGUCCCUCUGAAGCCCAGGAAGGAGCUGGCCUUUGAAGAACUGUCCUCCGGUCAGCUGGAGGUGCGCUGGUCCUCUCGCUUCAACAUCUCAGCCGAGCCUGUUGUCUACAUCCUGCAAAGGAGAUGGAACUUUGGCAUCCAGCCCAGCGAGGACACUGCCACCUCCUGGCAGCUGGUUGCACAGACCACAGAGCAGGGAGCGAGGCUCUCUGACAUCCGGCCCGGUCGCUGGUACCAGUUCAGAGUGGCAGCAGUCAACACCCACGGGACCAGAGGUUUCACCACGCCCAGCAGACACAUCCACUCCAACAGAGACCCCUCCAGUCCUCCAGCUCCCACUGAGCUGAGAGUGGCCAACAUGAGCUUUGGCCCCAGCAGGGCAGUGUCUGCCAGGCUCCAGUGGAGCAUGCCCGAUGACCCGGACGUUCCUGUCCACCACUACAAGGUCAGCUGGAGCUGGACUGCAGUCGGACAGCCCUCUGCUUCAUCCCUGACCAAGAGGAGGAAGACAGUCCGAGAGAGUCAGGUGGAGCUGGACAGCAUGCGGUCUAACAGGAGCUACAGUGUGGAGGUCCAGGCUGUGUCCUACUGGGGACAAACUCCGCUCAAAGGACCCCGAGCCAUCCUCCACUUCAGCACACAGCGCAGCACCACUGCUGCUCCAGGAAACCCUGCAGGUGACAUUCUGGAUGUGGGGACACCGUUCUUCCAGGACGGACAGCUCCGGGUUCAUGUCUACUGGCGGAGCAGCAUGGAUCCUCCGGUUGAAUUCUACAGAAUCCAGUGGGGUCCAGAGUAUUGUGGACACAACCAGACCAGACCCAUGGAGAAGAUCAGCACACAGGAGAACUUUGUCAGCCUGCAGGGCUUGCUGUUCUCCUGUAAGUAUAAAGUCAUUCUGCAGCCCGUCAGCAAGAAGAGUCAUCCUCUGGCAGAAAGCACCAGCUUCUUCACUCCAUCCUGUGCCAGCAUCCAGGCCAAAAGUCCCAAACCCAUCACUUGUCCUGGAGACAAAGCAGUCUCCCCUCAGAAGGUCCUGGUGAAGGCAACCAACCUGACAGCGUCCUUUGAGGUCCGGGGCGGCAACAUGACGGCCAUCUUUAGCUGGGAUUUGUCCGUGGCCCCACCCCACCAACAGCUGACUGGUUACCAGGUGACCUGGGCGGAGGUCAUCCCCACCAGCCACCACAGCAGCAACAACAAGCUGCCUCACAGCCUCAUCUCCCAGUCGCAGAUCCUACCUCCGGAUACCAAUGUUCUGGUGGUGUCAGACCUGCACCCUGCCAGCCUCUACAGGUUGGAGGUCCAGGUCGUCACAGCAGAGGGUGAAGGUCCAGCGACCACCCGAACCUUCCAGACUCCUGGGCACCAAAGCACCUUGAAGCACAGACCCAGGCUGAGGAAGCAUCACCAUAAACAACCAAUGACUGAGAUGCACUGAGCCCGGACACCCAAUCAGCCUGCAUGAACAAACUCAGGAUGACCAAGAAUCCACAGAACAGUGAUAAUAAUAAUAAUAAUAAUAAUAACUAACAGGUGCAGCCUCAGCAGCUUCUUGACAAAUUCUGCACGACAUCUAGAAACAUUUCAAGUUCUCCCUGCAACAUCUGAAUGCAGACUGAGCUGUUAUUAUGGAAGCUGUUCCACAUGCUGCUUUUCCAUCAAUCAAACCACCACUGAUCAAACUAACAAUCUUUACUGGCCUCUUCAGUUUUGAAAACACAUUUGCUGGAUUGUUGUUACACAACAAAACCACAUACUUCUGUAUGCUUUUCAAUAGAAACCAAACCACAGACUUAAAUCAGGUUAGAAUUAGUAUACAGUUUCACAGAAACAAUACCAAUACUUUGACAGGCUGCCUGGUUUCAUUGAUUUACUCUAGCAAUACAAAGGUCUCACAGUUAAUAUGAAAUGUAAUAAAUCAGCAACAUAGAAGAUCAAGCCUGUUCCUUUACUGCAUUACUUUGACACAGCACUGAGGUUUGACGCAACUUGUAAAGUUGUUCUUCCUUCUGACUCCCAGCUGAGAUAAAGCUCAGCACUUCUCGUGGUGUGUGGGUGUACAUCGUGAUAGCAUGCAGAUACAGUUAGUGAUAGCGUUUUCAUUACCUGCAGGGCUGGGUAUGGUUACAACAUUGUUUCAAUACAUGACCUGAAGUUUGGAGCCCAAAUGUUUCAAAACUUGUAUCACUUGAUUGACACUUUGUGAUAAUGGACUGACCUGAAGAGCAACAUGUGUGGAGUCCUCGAAAACCAGGCUUCUCCUCAAAAACUAUAUUCAGCAUUGUUUUACUAACUUGUUACUUAAUGUUUUCUCAAUCUGCUACAGAGAAUUGACACAUUAAUAUAUUUGGGACCUUGUUUGAGAUUGGUAUCAGCCCAAUCCAUAAAGAUUUGAUGUGUGUAUCAAAGAGAACAGAUAACCUGAAAUUAAGCCUAGAAUGACAGGCGAGGUAUAGCUGCCAACAUGAUUCAUAAUAGUUUUUUUGAACACCUUUAUCAAUCAGUGAUGGAACUGAAGAUAAUAUUUUACAAAUGCAGCACUGAGGUCUGUGGCCUCGCAUACAACGAGGAAGCAAAUGCAGCGUCAACACAACAGGAGGGUUAAUGAAAUACAGUAUAAAUGGAGAAAAUUACAAUUUCAAUCAGAUGAAAGAAUAAUUAAGCAAAGCCGCUGCUCUGCUUCUGCAUCUUGUGCCAGUUUAGUGUUUUUCGAAUUCUCUGUUGUGCUGACAGGAUUUACUCUCCAAUCCAAGUAUUUAGGCUUGAUACCCAGCCCUAAUUCCCUGACGUACAAUUAAAAGUCCUUUUUAAUGGAAUUGCAUGAAAACACCCAAAAUGUUUCAGUGUCAUUGAGUGGUACUUUGAUAUAUUUUACAACCUGAAAAGCGAUUUUCCGGAUGAGACACGUAGCUCCCCUGUACUCUGUAAAUGCUGUAUAAAAUGUUUGUCUGUAUUUAUUAGUUGUGGUAUAUUUGUGUCUGGAUGAGUGUCUACUGUAAACAUAAUAUAUCUGUGCUGUUUGUGUGCUCAGCCUUUUGUAAACCUCUAGAGACCCUGUACAAAGAUGUUUUUUUAACUAAAGAUAAA